CUAAGACUUACUCUAUAUAGUAUGGUAAUCUAAUAUAUAUUGAAAGGCCCAAAAAUCCCUGUUCCAAACCCUAAACCUAAAACCCUCUCAUAGCGCCGCGUCGAUCUUCAACCUUUCAUACCGCAAACAAUGGUUCUCCAAAACGACAUCGAUUUGUUGAACCCUCCGGCCGAGCUCGAGAAGAAGAAGCACAAGCUCAAGCGUCUUGUUCAAUCUCCCAAUUCCUUCUUCAUGGAUGUCAAAUGUCAAGGCUGCUUCAACAUAACAACCGUAUUUAGCCACUCUCAAACUGUGGUGGUGUGUGGGAACUGCCAGACGGUUCUAUGCCAGCCGACCGGCGGUAGAGCUAGACUCACUGAGGGCUGCUCUUUCAGGAAAAAGGGUGACUAAAUCCGAUCCAGCGGCGACGAUUCGAGGAAGAGUUGUUUUUUUGUAUGUUCCCACUCUGGUUAUCUUUUUGAUGUGGUAAAAUUUGUCUCAAAUCUUGGAAGUAGAAUUAAGGAUUUUAGAAUGACUAUUAUGUGCUAUUGUUCUUGAUUUAGUGUGGAUGGUUUUUGGGUUUAAUGAAUUUUGUUUUGAGUUGCA